CAUCCACAGCGUGUAGCCGCAGCAGCACAGCAUCGCCCUCAAUAAUCUCCUCUCAACUUUUACAUUUACUACCACCGCCAGAAAACCGCCCGAGUCUCUCUUUUUCCAUUUUCCCGUGUCAGAAGAAAAAUGGGAACUCGUAAGAACUCUGAAACAUCUCUCUCUGUCUUCUCUCACUGAUCCAACCCGCAUUUGUGAUUCCUUGUGGGAGGUGUUCGACCAUGGCCGCUGCUCUGGAGUGCUGGUCGAGCCGGGCCAACACCGAGGAGGACACGGUGGAGCAGGUUCUGAUGAGAACGCAGGACAGAUCAGAAGAGGGCUCGUCGACGGCGGCGGGCGCGAAGGACUCGUCGUCGGCGAUGCAGAAGCGGCUGCAGCGGCUGAGCCGGAACGUGUCCGAGGCAAUCGCGUCGCUCAAGCACUCGUUGAGUCUCGACUCGGCGAGAGACCCGCCGCCGACGUCUCGGAUCGAGAGCUGUCGGAAGCUCGUUUGGGGCAGCGUUGUGCGGAACCUCACGCAGAUGUACCCUGGCAGCCAGCUGCCGGAGAAGCUCGUCUCCAACAUUCGCAAACACUACGACUCGUUGCCUCUCAGCUAUGCACAGGCAGGUUUCAAUAUGGAGGAUGUUUUCCUGCAUAUUCGAUUAAUAGAUCAGGCAUCAGUGGAAGACCAUCCAGCAAUUUCGAUUCAAAACGUGUCUGAAGAUGAGGUUAAUGGGUCUGUGUUCAAGCUCACAUUUGCUUGUAACUCUUCCAUUUCGUGGCCUGCAAUGUCGGGCGCACUUGAUAACGCUGCCAUAUGCUGCAAGAAGAUACAGAUCUUUGAGAAGAAGGGGUUUACUCUUGGAGUUGUUCAUCUUCUGGUUCAAGCGGGGCAACAGAAAUCAUUUAAUGCCCGGGUCGAAAAUGCUCUCAAAUUGGCGUCAAAGAAGCAGAAACCUCCCACGAUGAAGCUCCCAUUUGGGCUCUGUGGGUGUCAAGAAGAGAAUGCUAAGGGCCGGGAACUUGGAGAGAUGGAAGAUGACGGCGGAGAAUUGAACUUCAGGAAUGGGACUGAGAAUUCAAACCCUAAAGUUCAAAUUCAGAUGCCGCUACCCACUAGUUUAUUUGUUGUUUCUGUUGAUGAAUGGCAGACAAUCCAAUCGGGUGGGAAUGAGAUCGGGAAAUGGUUGUUGAACUCCGAUAAUCUUGAGUUCGUAGAUCAGAUUGGACCCAGUACUUUUAAGGGGGUUUAUAGGGGCAAAAGGGUUGGAGUUGAGAAGCUCAAAGGAUGUGACAAGGGAAACUCUUAUGAGUUUGAACUCCGAAAAGAUUUGUUGGAGCUUAUGACAUGUGGGCAUAGAAACAUUCUGCACUUCCAUGGUGUGUGUGUUGAUGAAAAUCACGGGUUGUGUGUGGUUACUAAGAUGAUGGAAGGUGGAUCAGUUCAAGACGUUCUGCUAAAAAACAAGAAGCUUCAGAACAAGGAAAUUAUAAGGGUUGCUGCCGACGUAGCAGAGGGGAUCAAAUUCAUGAAUGAUCACGGCGUUGCGUAUAGAGAUCUCAACACGCAGAGGAUCUUGUUGGAUCGGCACGGAAAUGCAUGCUUGGGGGAUAUGGGUAUAGUCACUGCUUGCAAGAGUCUUGGUGAGGUGAUGGAGUAUGAAACUGACGGGUAUCGGUGGCUAGCUCCCGAGAUAAUUGCAGGUGAUCCAGAAAAUGUUACAGAGACAUGGAUGAGUAAUGUAUAUAGCUUUGGAAUGGUGAUCUGGGAGAUGGUGACUGGUGAGGCAGCCUAUGAAGCUUAUUCACCUGUGCAGGCAGCUGUUGGGAUAGCUGCUUGUGGGCUUCGACCAGAUAUACCCAAAGAUUGCCCCCAAAUCCUGAGAUCUUUGAUGAUGAAGUGCUGGAACAAUUGCCCUUCAAAACGGCCUCAGUUCUCUGAAAUUCUAUCAAUGUUGAUGCAGCCCAGCAACAACUGCAACUGCAAUAAUAGGACAACUAUUGGAAGCUAAAACCGACACUACUUCGUAAUAUGGGCGUAACUUUCUCGUUCGAGCCCCGGUCGAAACAAUCCAAAGUGCUGUGGAGAGGCGAGAAAGUGCUCUACAACUUUUUUGUUUUGAAUUUUGAAAGAUAUGGGCUUUAGGAUGUUCAAAAUUGGGCUUGUUCGUUAGGAAACGGAAAAAAGAAAAAAGAAGAAACAAGAAAAAAAAAACAAAAAAAAAAAUUUUAAUUACCUUGAUUUGACCUGGCCAUGCAGUCGGGUCCUUCAUCCUUGUGCAUUGGUAGGUCUUAGGGGGGCCUUAUAUAUUUCUUUUUUUUUUUUACCUCUCUUCCCAAACGGCCUUUCCUCUCUUCUCUUUCAACCUCACUCUCCCUUCCCUUCCUUUCUUUCUCUUGGCCUAUUGCCAUACCCGAAGCUCUCUUCUCUCUUACUUCUCUCUUUCCUUUCCUCUCUCUCCCUUACUUCUCUCAUUUUCUCCUGUCUCUGCAACCCAAGAACGCCAACUGAGACCCUGCUCCUAGCUUCUUCUAUUGCUGCCAUACCCAAGAAACCAAGAAGCCCCUAGGUGCUGCUGUUGCUUUGCCCAUUGUUGUGUGUUGCUCUCCUGCUGCUCCAAACACGACCUUUCCUGCUGCUCCAAACACAACCAGCACCUUCUUUUUUUCUUUUUCUCUUUCUUUCUCUUUUUCUUUCUUUGUUUUGUUUUUUUUUAGUUCUUUUUGUCAUUGCUUUUAAAGAUUUGAAUAAUUGUUAUUUUUGGUAAAGUUUUAUUUAAAGUUUUAAUUUUUAAAUC